GGCAGGAGGAGGAUCCGAGGGAACGGUAUGGAAUGGCUUGGCUCCUGGCAUUAAAUGAUAAAUUUAAAAAAGAAUACAAUCUUUGGAGACUUGCCCAAGGUCAUGUGGCCAGUCAAUGGGGCCCGGGAUUACCCUCCUGUAUCUUCAUGGAAACAGCAGGUGACAGGUGACCACACCUGGCCAAAGGCAGCGCAAUCCAUGGCCAUCAGGUGUCCCUGGAUUGCCAUGACAACUGCAGCACACUAGGAGAGCUCAAGGAGGGGAGCGAAGCCUCAGCCCCGCCCCUUUGACACUCCCCCGAGUGGGCUAGCCCCAUUGGUCGGGUCCCAAUGCCCCUCCCCCAAGCCGCUAUAAAGCGGGCAGAGGGGGCAGUGGGCAGAGACUUCACCGAGCGGGGUCUGCGCUGGGACCUGGGGUCAGCGGCUCUGCGAUCCCAGGGUGCCCCUCCGUGCAGCCACCAUGUCUGACAAUGAGGCCACUCCGGAACCCAGACCCAGCUCGGAGGAGCACAACCAACAGAAUGUUGUACAGCGUGUGGUGGCCUUGCCCCUCGUCCGGGCCACCUGUGCCAGCGUCUCCAAUGCAUACAACGCUACCAAGGACAGACACCCACUGCUGGGCUCCGCCUGCCGCUUGGCCGAGCACUGCGUGUGCAGCCUGGCCACGUGCGCCCUGGACCACGCCCAGCCUCUGCUGGGCCAUCUGCAGCCCCAGUUGGCCACAGUGAACGAUCUCGCCUGCAGGGGCCUGGACAAGCUGGAAGAGAAGCUGCCCUUUCUCCAGCAGCCUUCAGACACGGUGGUGACCUCGGCCAAGGACACAGUGGCCAGUGGGGUCACAGGAGUGGUGGACCUGGCCCGGCGGAGCCGGCGCUGGAGCGUGGAGCUGAAGCGCUCUGUGAGCCACGCUGUGGACGUGGUGCUGGGCAAGUCGGAAGAGCUGGUGGACCACUUCCUGCCCAUGACAGAAGAGGAGCUCGCGGCACUGGCGGCAGAGGCUGAGGGCCCAGAAGUGGGCUCAGUGGAGGACCAGAGAAGACAACAGGGCUACUUUGUGCGCCUGGGCUCCCUGUCGACACGGAUCCGCCACCUGGCCUAUGAGCACUCUCUGGGGAAACUGAGGCAGAACAAACACCGCACCCAGGACACGUUAGCUCAGCUGCAGGACACCCUGGAGCUGAUCCACCGCAUUCAAAGUGGAAUGAGCCCGACCCCCGCGACUCAGCCCGGGAAGGUGCACGAGCUGUGGGAGGAUUGGAACCAGCGUCCCCUGGAGAACGGUCUCCGCCGGCGCGACAGCCAGGCCGAGCUGGAGACACUGGUGCUGUCGCGCAGGUUGACCUUGGAGCUGCAGAGCGCGGUGGAGGCACUGGAGGCGGGCGUACGAGGCCUGCCCCCCGGCGCACAGGAGAAGGUGGCCGAGGUGCGGCGCAGUGUGGACGCCCUGCAGGCCGCCUUCGCCGACGCGCGCCGCUUUGGGGACGUCCCCGCCGCGGCGCUGGCCGAGGGCCGGGGCAGAGUGGCGCGCGCGCACGCAAGCGUGGACGAGCUGCUGGAGCUGGUGCUGCAGGCCGUGCCGCUGCCCUGGCUCGUGGGCCCCUUCGCGCCCGUUCUGGUGGAGCGGCCCGAACCCCCGCCCAACCUGGAGGUCCUGGUGGAUGAGGUGGUUGGGGCCCCCGACCCGCGCUGGGCGCACAUGGACUGGCCGGCCCAGCAGAGAGCCUGGGAGGCUGCACACAGCGAGGCGGCGGAGCCCCCCAGGGAUAGCGGCCCCCAGGAGGCCGAGCCCCCCAGCACCCGGGUCAGACACACGCUGAUGCCGGAGCUGGACUUCUGAGACGCCGGGCUCCGUGCGCCCCCAGGCGGCCACGCGUGCGCACGCAUGGCGGAGGCCUGGCCUCGCUUUGGGAUCGGAGCUGGGGUGAAGCGGAACUUGGAAGCCGGGUCAUCUGGGUCCCGGUAGGGCCUCCCGCUGUUCCUUGAGUCGAGAAGGGCUGAUCUCAAGCCCCUGCAGUCAUUUUUACCUCAGAGCCAGGUUCUUCAAAGCCUGUGGUCCUAUCUCCAACCUAAAGGGAUGGGCACACUCCUGUCAUCCCAGCUCUCUGGGAGCUGAAGCAACAGGAUCGCUGUGAGUUAAAGGCCAGCCCUCUACAGUACAAGAUCGCCUCUCAAAAGAAAGGAGGCGGUGUUCGAGCCCCACCUGGGCAAUUCAGCGGUUUAAGGACAUUGUCUUAAAAAAAAAAAAAAAAAGGGCUGGGAAUGCACCUCCGUAUUGAGGCCUUGCCUGGGUUCAAUCUCCAGAACGGGGGGGGGGGGGGGGGGGAGUGGGGGGGCGCACAAGCACACACACACCCCCACCCCGGAUAUAAUCCACAUCUUGCUCCAUGGCUUCUUUUUGGAGCUUUAUAUUGUCAUUAUCAUUAUUAUUAUUAUUAUUAUUAUUAUUGGUGUGUGUGUGUGUUUGCUUCAUUUUUGAGACAGGGUCAUGCCACGUAACUUAGGCUAGAAUGAUACCACUAUGUAGGCCAGGCCGAUCCUGAACUUGCAGUGAUCCUCCUGCCUCAGCCUCUUGAGUGCUGGGAUUACAGGUGCGCACCACCACACCUGGCUUGUUUGGAGUUCUGAACAGUGAGUCCCCACACCACCCUGGGCCAGAUAGCCUCAACUGAGGGUCCCCCAAAGAUGCCUGGGUGCCCAUUCAGCCAACCAAGCCCACUUGCUAUGCUUGUUCUUGAGAAUAAACGUGCUGUUACCCGCGG